CUGCAUAUGCUUCCUCUUGUGGAGAAGGGCAGACGCUCUGCGAAAAGUUGUAUCCCAUCAAUUGAAGACGUUGACUGGGCGACCAGAUGGACAGAUACGUCUGAGCGACGAUGAUGGACCGACAGUAGAAGAGUUCAUCGUAGAUGAUGAGGAUGAGGAAGACAAUACGGAGCUCACGACGGCACAAGACUUGCUAGAAGAGCGAGCGCGGUCCAUGACGCCCUCCCCCGCCAAGCCGCCGAUCACCACCCUCCCCGACGGUCAACAUGACGGCGCAGAACCUCGAUCAUCUAGUGAAGGGGUGUGGUCGAAGUAGUACAUCUCGCGGAGCCGUGGAAUAUCUAGGUGCGCAACAGCAGCCUAUGGUAUAGCCCGUACGCUAACAGAGAAGCAGAGUACAGUCUCGUAACCUACCUAUGCGUACCAUCGCACUGUAUGAUUAUUGUCAAUGCUUGUCCCUUGGACCCAAGGCCUUCCUCGACCCCCUCCCUCCUCCCUUACCGCCCUGCCGUGCGUGCAAAUUACCCCCGCCUCACGGCGGCUCACCUAUAUAACACCCCCAGCAGCGCCAAGUCCACGUUCCUCAGCCCAGCCCGCGCGUCAUCCCGCCCCUGCUGCGACCGAAAAUCCGUACCACAGCCUCUGAGAGGCCGGAGCAGCAGCACCUCCCGGGUACCUGGCCUGAUAUGUCCUUUUCCCCGCAAUCGCGGU